AUGGCUGCCUUUGACGUCGCGGAGGGCACAAGGGGCCUCCCCGCAAACAUGUACGCCAUGCCGCUUGACCGCGCCAACGCGUACGGCUUCGUGUCGCGCUACAACCACACCGGCGACCCCGCGACGGACCGGCACGCCAACGACCUCACCUUCACGAGAGAGCAGCUGUGGUGGCUGGCGACGAACCCCGUCUCCCUGCAGGUGCACCUGAACGGCUGGGGCGGGGCCGGGUGGGACGCCUCGGCGCUGCCGCAGCUGCUGCUGCCGGCCUUGCUGUGGGCCGUCGUGCUCAUCGCGGUCCGCUUCACCAGCCAGCGUAGUCUC